GAGGCGGCCUAUUUAGGAGUGGCGAACCACUUGCGGACUGUGUCCCAGCGAUACCGUCACUUCAUCUCAGGUUUAGCACCCCAAGAGGCCCGCUGCUUAUCGCUUCAUCUAGCCAGGCUUAGACGCGUUUUACAGCCUGGUUGGUCUCGACUCAAUUGGAAUAGCCUUGUAGGCAGAGCCGACUAUCUAAAUGCUGCCGAUGAAGCUUUGUCACAAUUCGCCACUACUCUGGCUUCGCUCCGCAAAACAGCUGGAGACUGCGAAGCCCGCAUGACUGGCCUUGAUAAACUUGACGUUUUUCGAUGUCCCAGGACUCAAGCCAAUGGAAAUUUACCAUCAUGCAAGGAGUAUUUUGCUAGCCUCACUUUGGAGCGGCAGCGCUUGUUUGACUCUCUACGUGCUCGACAUUGCCUGAUAGGACCCUUAUUGAUUGGUCUCGAAAGCGUAAUCACUGGAGCCGUAGGCACCGGUCGGCACCCGCAGAUGCAGCCCUACUAUGAAUUCUGGGAGCAGCAGCUCUUCGCACGCGUUUACGCGGUUACCUAUUAUCGAGAUCCGGCUGCUACAAGAUUGUUUGCUCAUAUGUUCGAUAUUAUGUUGGUGAGACAUGCCGGCCUAUUCAAAAAAGAUAGGGAAAACACAAAAAUGCUUGUAAAGGAAGCUGGGUCCAACGGUCAGGAGUAG